CAGAAUCAUCUUCACAUACCGAUACGCUCGGCCUACUAUCACCGUUUUGCGGCUUGUUUACUUCGAUACGAGAGAAGCAUGUUUUUUGUCUGUGAUUAGUCAAUCAAUAUCAGUGCCUACUGUGAUAGCAUAAUAUACAAUCAUUCCGGUGCAAUACGGAAUUCUAGGAAAUUUGCAUAACAAAUUGGUGUCCACUUCCAGUGGUGAUCGCAAUACACUCAAAUUGAGUUAAGAGAUAGGGAACUUUCACAUUCGUGCCUUACCCCAAAGCGGUAAUCGAAAAGAGAUAGCCUGUCGAACGAGAAAUACGCACGUAAAUGCAGUACGUUUCGCCGCCACAACCGGUCACAGAUUGGUAACGAAAAUUACACAAUCAUCUUCAGUACUUACGUGCUACGAUAUAGGCUCGAGGGCGGCGUAUUGUUCUUUGAUAUCAGCUUUAAUUAGUGAUACAGUGUGAUUGAUUAUUGCCAGUGUGUUGAAGUGCAGCACCAAUUCGGAAAAAUAAAUCAUAAUCAUUCCCCAUUGAGAUGUCGUCUCUAACGAAACUCCACAGCAGUAUCUUCCAUCCGACGUUGCGGAAACUCCAGUGCCAGGAUGUAGACAUCGCCGCACACAAUCUUAUGUACCCGGUAUUUUUGGUAGAGGACGAUGACGCAGUUCAGGAAAUCCCGAGCAUGCCUGGCGUCGCCAGGUAUGGACUCACAACUCUCAAGAAGCACCUGACACCAUUAGUAGAGAAAGGCCUUGCAUCGAUUCUUCUAUUCGGAGUCGUUGACAAACUGCCAAAGGACCCCACCGGAAGCGGGGCCGAUUCAGCCGAGAACCCCGUCGUCAAGGCCCUUCCACAACUCCGGCAAUGGUUUCCAGAUCUCCUGAUCGCGUGCGACGUCUGUCUGUGCCCAUACACCAGCCAUGGUCAUUGUGGAGUCCUUACGGCGGACGGAGUCAUCGACAACGAACCUAGCAUCCAGCGGAUUGCAGAAAUUGCUUUCGCGUAUGCCAAAGCCGGAGCCCAUAUUGUGGCUCCCUCGGACAUGAUGGAUAACCGUAUUUGGGCGAUUAAGAAGAUCCUAAGGGAGAACAAAAUGGAGAAUACUGUUUCGGUGCUGUCCUACUCGGUCAAAUUUGCAUCUGGGUUCUACGGACCGUUCCGGGAUGCGGCCAAAUCGGCACCGGCUUUCGGGGAUCGCAAGUGCUACCAGUUGCCACCCGGCUCCAAGGGGAUUGCCAAACGAGCUGCGAAACGAGACGUCGAAGAGGGCGCUGACAUGCUGAUGGUCAAACCGGGCAUGGCUUACUUGGACAUUGUCAAGCAAGUCAAGGACGAUUAUCCGGAAUUGCCGCUGUUCAUCUAUCAGGUGUCCGGCGAAUACUCGAUGUUGCUGAACGCCGGCAAAAUUGGUGCCUUCGAUCUGCGAACCGUCCUGUGGGAGGUGCUGAUUGGGAUGCGGCGUGCCGGAGCAGAUUGCAUCAUUACGUACUUCACGCCCACGCUGCUCGAUUGGUUGUGAUUCGAACGGUGUCUACUGGUGACUGCACAGAACAACACCAUUUAGUUGUCGUAAUUCCAUGUGGUGUGUUGCUGUAACAUCAUCACUGUCAUUAGAAGUUGGCGGAGAUUGUAGAAAAUAAUAGUAGGUGUAGGGUUCGCUUUUAGCGACAAGUGUUUUGCUAGAUAUUUAGGCGAAAAAAUUGCCAAUCAUCAUUGAAAAUCGUAUAAAGAUGUUUAAUUCUAA